AUGACAAAGUUUCGCCCCUGUAUAGACCUGCAUGCUGGCAGCGUCAAGCAAAUUGUCGGCGGCACCCUCUCCACCUCGACUCCGAGCGACUUGAAGACGAACUGGACUUCAGAGCACCCCUCCGCGUACUAUGCCUCGCUAUACAAGGAACACGACCUUGCAGGCGCGCACGUGAUCAUGCUAGGCCCUGGAAAUGACGCUGCAGCGCAGGAAGCGCUCGAGGCGUGGAAGGGCGGCAUGCAGGUUGGCGGCGGCAUCAACGAGGGCAACGCAGGGGAGUGGAUUGGGAGGGGGGCAGAGAGAGUCAUCAUAACCUCGUACCUCUUCCCAGACUCGGUCUUCAGCAUGGACCGCCUCAGGGGCGUCCUCUACGCGUUAGGCAACGACAAGAACAAACUCGUCAUCGACCUGUCCUGCAGACGCAAAGACGACAAGUGGUUCGUAGCCACCAACAAGUGGCAGACCAUCACCGACUUCGAGCUCAGCCAGGAAUCUAUACAGCUCCUCGAGCCGCACUGCUCCGAGUUCCUCAUUCACGCCGCUGACGUCGAAGGUCUUCAGCGCGGCAUCGACCACGAGCUGGUCACGAAGUUGGCCGAAUGGUGCAGCAUCCCCGUGACAUACGCCGGCGGCGGACGGUCGAUAGCUGAUCUGGAGCUGGUGAAGGAACUAAGCCGCGGCAAAGUAGAUUUGACGAUUGGGAGUGCGUUGGACAUAUUCGGAGGCUCGGGCGUCAAGUUUGAGGAGUGCGUGGCGUGGAACAAGAAGCAGACAUGA